AUGAAGUCGUCAACGGUCGCUGUUCUUGCGUUUGCUGCUUUCGCGCGGGCGUCCGAGGCGCUCGUCGAACGAUGGGGCUACAAGUCCCCCAAGCAUACCAUAUACUUCAUCACCAACGAUGCUACUGGGAACCGUGUCGUUUCGGCAGGUGUCACUGCCGAUGGGAACCUUACCGACGCCCGCUCGACUUCUGCCGGCGGUGUAGGCAUUCAUGGGCUAGGACUUGCCGGCGCUGAUGGAACAUUCUCGCAAGGUAUUCUUCAGGUAUACGAAGAGAAGAACCUGCUCGCCACCGUUAACCCCGCCAACAAUACAGCCGUUCUCUUCAGCAUCGAUCCCUUCAACCCGACCCACCUGACUAUGCUCGGGAAGCCCGUUUCCACAGAGGGUGACUUCCCGAACUCCGUGACGUUCAACGACAAGGGUGACGAGCUGUGCGUGCUCAAUACGGGUACCAACAACGGCGUGGCAUGUUUCGACGUAACCAAGCACGGUCUCAAACUGCAAAAGGACUCCGUCCGCGACCUUGGCCUCCAAAACCAGACGGUACCUGCUACAGGGCCCUUCAACACCGGCUCGCAGCUUGUCUGGACGCAAGAUCAGAAGAACCUGCUCGUUGCAGUGAAGGGCACGAUGGAGGAUCCUGGGUUCUUUGCCGUGUGGCCAUCUACCAAGAAGGGCGAGCUCGCCGCCAACUACACGCGCAUUGAUACUCCUGAAGGCGCAGGCUUACCCUUCUCCUUAACACCAGUGAAGGGGGCCAACGCGUUCAUGGCCGUCGACUUCGCGAUCGGCUUCGAUGUUCUGGACUUCAGCGAAGGCAUCGACCGCGUCAGCAGCAGUCCACGCACCACAGCUGUCAACAUCACGGGACAGAUGGCGACCUGCUGGAGCACAUACAGCCCGGUUCGUAACAGCUACUACGCCAUAGACUCAGUUGGAAGCCUGGUGCAUGAGGUGAAGUUCGAUGAAGACCUCAAGGGCACAUUGGUGAACAACUUCACUGUCCCGGAGAUGAGCGGCGCCAUAGACUCGGUGGUUGUCAACGUUGAUGGAAAGGACCUCUUCUACUCGCUUCUGGCCAACACCCUGGAGAUCGGAGUGUGGGAUCUUGACAGCAAGCCAGAACCGACACUGACAUCUUUGGUCGACCUCUCUUCGCUGACCAAUGGUACCGUACCUUUCACAUCCGGACAGGUGCAAGGAUUGGGUGUUUACACGAGAAAGUUCUGA